AUGGUGUGGGACGAAUGGGACGACUAUCUUCAAGAGCAGAGCGGUGCAACAGACCACAACCACCAAGAAGAUUCUGAUGUCAACUUCGAGUUCUUGUCCGUUGCAUCUAAGCCCAAGGAUUAUUAUCGGAUAUUGGAAGUGGAUUAUGAUGCUACAGAGGAAGCUAUUCGAUCAAACUAUAUUCGUCUUGCUCUGAAAUGGCAUCCGGAUAAGCAAAAAGAUCAGGACAGUGCCACUUCAAGAUUCCAAGAAAUUAAUGAGGCUUACCAGGAAGUGUUGCCUCAUGGAUUUAUGCAAGUAAAAGUAGGAAAUCUGUGGCUUAAUGGGAGGAUGGACAAUAUAGAAGGGAGUUGUUUGGACCUACGAGAGGAUGAAGUCUGA